CCCUCGCGCGCCGCUCGAGAUGGCCGCUGCGGUGCGGCCGGGCGCGGAGCCGUGGAACCGCGUGAGGAUCCCCCAGGCCGGGAACUGCAGCACGCUGACGGUGCGGGACCCCAGCGCCACCCUGGAUGUCUGUACUGCUGCUGUCAUUAAAGGGUGCCACUUCGUCACACAGUCACUCAAGAGCCAGACCUUGGACGCGGAAGUCGAUGUGUUAUGCUCAGUUCUCUACAGCAAUCACAACAGGCUGGGCCACCACAAGCCCCAUUUGGCCCUCAGACAGGUAGAACAGUGCUUAAAGCGUUUGAAACAUAUGAAUUUGGAGGGCUCAAUUGAAGACCUGUCCCAGUUGUUGUCUGCCAAUGCAACUCAGCCUGGAGCUACGGAAAACCGCGUCAUCCCCAGCCAGCCGGUGGUGGAGGUGGUGCUGAUGAAGGUUUUGGGAGGCUGCAAGUUGUUACUGCGCUUGCUGGACUGCUGCUGCAAGGCAUUUCUGUUGACCGUGAAGCACUUAGGGCUAAAGGAAUUCAUUAUUUUGAACCUUGUCAUGGUUGGGCUGGUGAGCAGGUUAUGGGUUCUCCAUAAAGGACUUUUGAGAAGGCUGAUUUCCUUAUAUGAGCCAUUGCUCAGAUUGCAUCAGGAGAUCUCCAGCAUUCAUCCCAUGCCUUACUUCAAAGAUUUUGCCUUUCCUUCAGACAUCACUGACUUUCUAGGCCCCUCUUACCUUGAAGUCUUUAAGGGAAAAACACCUGCAGCUUUUGCUACUAAAGGCGUAACAAAGUUGCUAAAUAAACUGUUUUUAAUGAGAGAGCAACUACCAAAGAUGAAUGAAGACACCUUAGAUAGACUUUCCAAACCAUCUGAACAAACGACAAGCAAUCCACAGAGCAGUGUGGACCUGGGACAGCCAGUGAAAGCCUGUAAGAGGACCAAAAAAGAAAAGCCAUUGGGAUUUGACGUGCAGGCUUUUUGCACAAGACUUGGAAACAGAGCGACUCAGGAGACCAACCGAGAGUUUAAGUAUUCUCAAUCCAAACUGAAGACAACCAAACUUCCCUCUCAGAGACUGAGAACUCACUGGGCUAACAAUACUGUGCAAAGAAUCCGAAAGACCAAGACGUUCACCCAACUUUCUGAAGAAAUUGAAAUGGCAAUUGUGUGGUCCCGGAGGAAAAAGCUCAAGACUCAGGCCACCUAUCUGGGCAACAAACUUCUUAAGAGUAAUAGGCUUAGACAUGUGGAAUCUCAAGGCUAUAGUUUGCCAAAGAAGCUACAGCGCAUGAAAACAUCUCUCUGCAACUGCCUUCUCCGAGGUUCUCGUACCAGCACUUCAAAGCAUCCUCCCAGACAAAGAAGAUCAAAGAAUAAAGUUUUAUCAAGACAAAGGAAACCACAGAGAAAGUUACAGUCAACUCUUUUAAAGGAAACCCAGCAGGUCCCUGAAGGGACUCUGAAGAACACUAGGGACAGCAGUGCUAAGAGGAGAUGCUCUGGGACAGUUCAGGGGUCAGAUGGAAAUGCAAAUGGAAAGCAGGUCUUGAGAAAACUUGCAAAGCCUGACCUAAAAACAAAGAAGAUGGGGGUCCAUGGGAAUCUUACAGGGGGCAGUAGAAAUGAAUCUGGCUUUCUGGCAAAGAGACAGAUGCACACACACAAUGUGCCAGACACUGCUAAAGAGACAGAUGACAUUGAUGAUAUUUUUGCUUUGAUGGGAGUUUAGAUGUACUGAUGUGAAACUUCUGAGCAGAUAGCAAGCUGGUCCAGUGUUCUGCUCCUUUAAGGGGUGUUGUUAAGAUCUGGAAACACUGUUUAGGCUGAGAGCUGCUUCUGUGCAGUUUCCCACAGGAGUGCAUUCAGGUCAAUAAACAUUCACAGCAGCCUUGUGUAAGCUAACCAGAUGGUGAGUGUUUGGCUUAGACUGCAAGGUGUUAACUAUGAUGAUCAGUCUGAGGAACACAUCCUUCAUAACUAAAACAAGUCAAUUUCUCAAUUAGAUGAUUCUAAUGAUCUACUGUGGAGUUAAAAUCUGAGUAAUUUCAUAAAAUCUUACAUAUCUGAAGGUAAACAGAACAAGGCUGGAGUAGCAGAGAAGCACCAUAAAGGGUCACUUGGCCUCACUGACUGCACUCCCUUUUAAGGUUUUAUAUUCUGUGCGAGGGUGUUAGGCAUGGUGCAGGAGGAGCUGAGAGUUAUACAUCUUGUUCCAAAGGCAAACAGGAAAAGACUGGCUUCCAGGCACCUAGGAGAAAGGGCUUAAAGCUCACACCCACAGUGACACACCUACUCCAACAAGGCAACAUUUCCUAAUGGUGCCAAUUCCUUGGCCAAGCAUAUUCAAGCCACCACAGGUGGAUUUCAGAUUGUCAGGCAUAGCAUCAUGUGUUUACCCAUGGACUGAGCCAUCCUGCUCAGGUCUUUCUUUUGAAUAACAAAUGUGAGUGUAUGCUAUGUUAUUAAAAAUGGAUUAUCAAAAGAUUUUCCAUUACUCAAAUGCUUAAAACCAUUAUUUAAUCUUCAUUUUUGCCAUUGUAACUCCUAAGGGGGUAUAUGAAAAGGCUUUUGGUGUUUUCCUAUUUUUGUUUUUAUGAAACAUUGCAAAAAAGUAGCUAAGUGUAUGCCAGGAAUGUGGCCAAUCAUGAAUUUGAAACCUGGCAUCAAUGCCAUCACCUGAUUCUUUGUACAUACCUGUAAGCUGACUACUCCUGGAAAUGACAGUCUAAGUUACAAAAUGAACUGCUCUACCCAUGAAAAAAGGUAAUGUAGUCAUGGAAGUCUGCUCAGCUCUGCAGGCCAGGAAGGGGCAGGAGGGGUAAGCUUAGGAGAAAACAGUGAGUCCUCCCCUUGCCCUCUCUAGUGACCAGCUGCCCAGUGACAGCACAGCCUAAGGCCGGCAAGCCUGAAACCUUAGGCACAGCUGGACACUUGCUUCAAAGGCCCGAGGGUGGGAGUGGCAGGAUAUGAAUCUGGACUUUGCACACUCACUUCAACUAGAACACGGCUGCUUUCUGCUAUGAAACUGACCAUACUCAUGAGGCUCAAAAAAAGCUACAAGUCUGAAUAUUUCUGAUUUUGGGAGUCUUAGACUUGAGGCAUUCUACAAUUAAAGACUGCAGACAGUCCCAACUCUACCAAAUUCUGUAAUCUGAACCACUUCCAGUUCUUAGCUUUGCAGAUAGGGACUGAAAGGAGCAUUAGGUGUUCCAGUUUUAAAUGCAGUGUAUGAGAAUUUGUGACCUUUCAAAUCCUCUUGACACUGCUGUGUCGACCCCCUGGUGAGUAGGGCUGGACCUUGCCUUCUGCUCUUGCGACCUGUUUUGACAUUUUAGAAUGUGUGAUCUGUGUGUAUAGUGUAUGUAUACAUGUAUGAGCGUCUGAAUCUCUGGGUGCUUGGGUAUGUACAACUGGGAAGAGGUGUGUACCUGCCUCAUCCUCUGGUCUCUGGGAAUGGAACCCAGUGCCUCAUAUAUGCCAGGCAUUGCUUUACUACUGAACUACAUUCCCAUGCACUGGAAGCCCAUGUCUUGAGAAUGCUCAGAAAGCCCCUCAAGACCAAGCCCCAGUGCCUGUCUAUGUGGUGGCCCAGCAUGUUGGGCAAGCAGUUCCACUUCACUGCUCCUUUUUCUCAUCACCUCAGCUGUCUGCUGCUGUGGGAAGCAUAGACAGUUCUACUUUUGGCAGAAGGAUGGCUUUGAAUGUAACUAUUUUGACAUUUAUGUUUUUCUUUGUGAAAAAAACAACUUUCUGCUAGUUAGGGUAAAAUAAUUCUAUCAACUGUAGAACAAUGGAAACGCUUACAACUGGGUUUUUAAAAAGCCACAGAGUUGUGGAGCCUUGCCACAGCUAUAACCUCUAACAGCAGUCUCACUGUGAGAUGCUAAGAUAUUUCAUGAAGUCUUUAUCAAAUCUGCUUGUGUGAGCUGCAAGUCAAAGCUAAUCUUCCCCUUCAGAAUCUCUAGCACAAGGAUUCUAAACCACUGCACUGACUUGUGAAUUUCUUCACUUAAAUCUAAUUCCUGUUUAUUUUUGCUGCUACUUUCAAGGUGGAGUGCCUUCUAUGAUAAAAGCCUGUAACUUCUGCUGUAUUGUGUGGUUGUUUUGGGUUUGUAAACAUGCAGCUGUCCUCAGUAUAACUUGUGAGCUUUCAUAGCUAAGGUGCUGAUAGUCACCACGGAGGUGAGGAAGCAUAAAGUGGUUUUCCCAAGGACACUCGAUGUAGAACCUGAACCCUGGACUCUGAUGAUCAAGCCUGUGUUUUACUCUCAUGACUGGUGCUUCCUUGGUCUGGCAAGUUUUGACAAUUUUUUUUUUCAUAUUCAAAUAAAUACUAGAAGAAGAGUUAUAAGCAUAUAAUCAUUUCCUUUCUUCUUACAAU